AUGAGAAAAGUUAGUGACCUCAAGAAUAAAUCACUCUCGAAACUGGUGUACAAGUUUACGUUGGUGACGCACUUGGCGAGCUCGAUGGAGACUUCUGCUGCAUCUCUGCUCAAAUGGGAGACUUCAUUCGCUUCAUCAGGCGCUAGUUCGACUCCUCCACCUCCUCCUGCUUCAAUUCCACCACACUUAGACCCUCAGCAGCCUCGCGAACGUCGCCAUAAACGCGCGCUGACUUCGUCCUCAUCACUCUCGGACACUGUGAGCGCCAAUCUGCUGAUGCAACUUAUUCCAAUUCAUUGGGAUGGACCUGCACUCAAGAAAGGUGACUGGCUACCGCGAUGGGAUGACGUGUACUUGAGUCUAGAUGGCGUGACGUUACGUGUGUUUGAGUCUAGGACACGCUAUAUAGAUGUGCUGGAGAUGGAGUUGCAGGAAGGCAAUAGUAUUGACAAAAGGCAUAAAUAUACAGUUGCAGGUGUAGAUAAGGAAAAUGUUGGGCGUCCACAUGGUUUGUACGUCAAAACGAAGGAAAAGACUAAGCUUUUGCACCUUGCAGUAGCAUCGGAGUUGGAGCGAGUGUUGUGGAUUCAUUUGCUUGGAGCUGUAGUGGAUCAAGUACAAAAAGUUUUGCCAAAAGCUCAACGAAGACUCAAAGCAGCGGAGUUGAAGAUUAACAAUAUUUCACCUAGAAAGACAAUAGCUGGCGGUUUAGUAUCUUCAUCAAGAAAGUUGAGAUCACAGCCACUGACAUUAUUGGGAACGGCUGUGAAUGUAGAGCUUAGUAUAUUUUACGAGACGUGGGGACGUAUUCAAGCACGACGAGGCAACUUUGCGCUGCUAAUGCCAAGUUUUCACCCUAAUGUUACGCUGACAUCAAAUUAUCCUCCUAGCGUUCCGAUUGCAGGUGAGUAUCACGGACUUAGUGGAGUGCUCGCUUUUUUUUCUAAGUUUCAUAGCUCCAUGGAUGUGUCCAACUAUGAGGUAGAACAUGUGGCAAGAAGAGGAGAUUUAGCGGUUGUGUCUGGUCGAGAAACGAUACGAAAUGCUGAGAGUGGAAGAAGGUUUCGACAUUUGUGGAAACACGAAUUGCGAUUCGAAGCGGAUGGAAGAAUCAGUCAUAUCAAUAUACUAGCAGAUAAAACGGCAGCUGCUGUCGCUUUUGCCGAUGGUGGAGGAAGUGGUACAAGCCCAGGAAUUAGAGAUUCUGUAAGAACAACUUUGGCUGCUCUCCCUCGCGAGCGCGAACGGCAGACCAACACGUGUCCACCUGGUGAAAUUCGUGUGGUUUGUAUUGCUGGUGAGCAACUUAAAAGACGAAAGCCCACGACAAGUGGAGGUAAUGGCUACAGAAUAGUCAUUGGACUGAACGAGUUUCCACACCUUACAAUGAAAGCCCCAGGAUCAAAAAAUAAUAGCGGAAGCGCGAGCAGCAGAGACGUCACAACGACGAGCACGGAUGGAUUGAAUCGUGUUGGCUCGCGAAAGUCGUACUCGACACGCGUUGUAAAAUGCGUUGGAGGUAAAGGCCCAUUUUGGGCCGAGACGUUGCAUCUCGAGUUUUCUGGGGCUGUUCCGGGCUCAAUUGCGAGCUUAUGCAUUGAUGUGUGGAGUCUUGGAGUUAUUGGUGAUGAGUUAAUUGGCUGUGCUAAAGUCAAUUUGGCUGACUAUUUAGGCUCCUCGGAAGGUACAGAAGAGCAUAUUGCGACAGUUGCUGUGCCAAAGUGGUUUGAUCUUUUUCGAGCAGAAGUUUUCGAAAAAGGAAGCCGAAGUGGUGAUCGUGAAAGUUGUGGGCGGGUGGAGCUUAGUAUCAGCUUCUCUCCGUUUACAGAGGAAGAUGAUUCAAUGGGCGAGGAGUACGACGUGAAUAUGAGUGAUGACGGAGAUCGAUCUGUCAAUUCUACAGAUGGAAGUACCUCGGCUCAAGGUUUGCAAACACCACGACAUCGCAAGAGUUUUGAUCGAUUGCAGGAGCUGCACAAGGAAACGAGUCAGAAUCGGCGGGGUGUGGAGCGGUAUUCUUUCACAGCAAGUGAUGCUUCAGGUGGUCUAGAGCUUAAUGAAGCCGAUUUGUCAGAGAAGCAGGACAAGCAUUCGUCUUCAGAAGAAGAAGAGAUGUAUACUUUCACAGUUGCGUCCACCAAGUUUCGCGUUUACAAAAGGUACCAGUUAAUUCGUGCCAUUGGACACGGGGCUUAUGGAGUAGUCAUUGCCGCAAGCGACCAAGUCACUGGAAAUUCAGUAGCAAUCAAAAAUAUCCCUCGUACUUUUGACGACCUUGUCGAUGCAAAGCGGAUUGUGCGUGAGAUUCGGCUCAUGAGACAUUUGGUCCAUCCACAUGUUGUCUCCGUUUUAGACGUCGUGCGCCCUCCUUUGCUUGCCACGUUUGAAGACACAUACAUUGUGACUGACCUCAUGGAGACUGAUUUACAUCGCGUAAUUAACUCUCCAGAGGCACUUUCUAGCGAUCACAUUGCUUAUAUCACGUACCAGUUGCUAUGUGGACUACGCUACGUUCACUCAGCUCAUAUAAUUCAUCGUGAUGUGAAGCCAUCAAAUGUGCUGAUAAAUCGUGAUUGUCUUGUCAAGCUUUGCGAUUUUGGACUUGCACGAGGAAUUGACAUGCACCCUGUCACUCCUAAUAGUAUCGACGGGACUAGGACGCCAAGUAGUCAAGAUGGAGAACCUGCAAUUGACGAAGCACUGACAGAAUACGUCGUGACUCGCUGGUAUCGAGCGCCAGAGCUUCUGCUUGCUAGUCGGUACUCUACUUCGAUUGAUCUUUGGGCAGUUGGGUGUAUUCUGGCUGAAAUGUUUACACGUAAAGCGCUGUUUCCAGGGCAUGAUCAUGUGCAUCAACUUCAUUUAAUCUUACAACUCGUGGGAAGUCCGUCAGCUGAGGAUGGCAUGGAGUUUAUCACGAAUAUUAAGGCCAAACGGUGGAUGGCGCGUCAGCAGCAGCAGGAGGCCAAGCCUUUGAACACAGUGUGCCCAAAUGCUCCAACGGAGGCCUUGGACCUCAUGACGAAAUUGCUGCAGUUUGACCCUCGUAAGCGAAUCUCAGUUGACGAUGCCAUUGCUCAUCCAUUCCUCGCAUCGUGUCGUGUGGAUGGAGCUGACAUGGGCUCGGAACGGCUGGCUGAGAGUGCAUUUGACUUUUCAUUUGAGCGAGAGAACAAGGGCAAUUUGGACAAGGACACACUACGACGUCUCAUUUUUGAAGACGUGUGCCAUUUUCACCCAGAAGCCACCGCUGAAUUGGCGCAAUUUAAACUAGAACAGGAGCGAAUGAAGCGACUAGAGGAAGAAAAAUGGAGAAAGGAAGAAGAAGUCCAGUCUCAGGUCAAAGCUAGAGCGACAGGAAAUAGCUGGGCAGUCAGUGUGUAA